AUGUACUUGUCCGCUGUUGCUGCCGUGAUGCCGGACCUACAACACCGGAAUGACGGUUUCCGCCUUGAUCCUCCUAUAUACUACCCCCCAACUUCACCACAGAAAGGCGGGUCGAGAGAGGGCGUUUCUCCAAGUUAUCCCUUCUAUACAUCGCCACCAAUCACCAAGAUUGCUACGCCUCCUCACCCGUAUAUCAAAGAGGAUUCAGAUUCCGCUAGAGCGUCAGCGGCGGUAGCAGCACAGGUAGGAGCCGGAACGGAAACUGAUUCCAAUUCCCCGAGACCAGUACCCGCGAUCAGGCUCUCGAAAAAGAUUCACGUUGUAGGGUUCGACCCUCAUGCACGAUUCGUCGCUCACGCUCUUGCCGCUGAUCCUAAACUACCACCGGUUCAGAUGCUCACUCACAACCCGAUAUCAAUGAAAGCGUGGGGACAGGAAGGUAGAGCUGUCAGUAUUCAUGAUAGCAAAGGCCAUCCUAUGUCUUCCCGGGAAAUACUCUGUCCAGACUAUGUUAGUCGUCGGUAUAAGUCGCUAGUGCACCAGCCUAUCUUGGAUAAUAUCAUUCUUAGCACUGCCGCCAGGGCUGCUUUCCCUACUUUGUAUGCCCUGCGUAAACGCAUCGACCGCCGAACAACACUCUGCUUGCUCGAACCUGGGCUUGGAUUGAUGGAAAUGUUAAACGAGGAAGUGUUUGAUAUCCCCGCUCUACGGCCAAAUUACGUGAUCUGUCACAGCACUCAUAAACUUGCGAGGCAUUCGUAUUAUAAAUACUCGAUACGACACAUACCUGGGAAAUUAUAUCUCCACGCGGUUCCUAGGGACGACGAAGACGAGGAUAUAGACAGAGUAACGUCUCAAUUGCUUGGGAAUCAACAUACUCAGCACAUGGUCCAUCUCCUCUCAGCGGCUGGCGACCUCGACGCAGUCGGCGUAUCAUGGCCGCGAUUGCUGCUGGAGAAACUACCCGACAUGAUAUUUGAAUCCCUAGCCGACACGCUCUCAUCUAUCUUAGAUUGCAGCUUCAAUCUUAUAAGGUGCAAUAAAAAUGCGAUGAGACUAUGGGAAAAUAUGUUGGCAGAGACGAUACAUAUCAUCUCGUCUCUUCCCGAAUUUCAGGACCAUCGCAAGAAGCUCAGAUUCCUACACGAGAGACAGUUUGCGACAAAGCUCAGAGUCAGGCUAGAGAGGCAAGGUACCCAGUAUAGCCGGUGGAUAGCGGAGGUCCGAAUGGGAAAAGAGCCGCCUAUCCAGUUCGUCAACGGCUAUUUCGUGAGACGUGCCCAGGAGGUCGGAGUCGACCACAGGAAUAACAGCCUAGCUAUAUCCAUGCUUAAAGCGAGGGUAGAAAGCAGACGCAAGAUGCACGAGGUUCCGUUCCAACUUAUACCGGAAUAUGAUGAUUAUUAG